UUAGAGUCGAAAUGUUUGAGUCUUGCAUGCAGCUGGGGUUAACUGUAGUAGUAUUCCUGUUGGAGACAGACACGCCUGUUGCUGAGUCUCCCUCCAAUCCCCUCUGAGAACACACCCGACACAUUUGCAUACGACCAAUGAUCACAGCUAUGCAAAUACUCUUCUGACUUGCUUUGUCCCAGCCGGUUUAAUGUGAAGUUACCAGAUUUAUCUCCUCAGUUGCAGCAGCACUGUGGACUAUAGAUACAGAAGUGUGUGUGUGUUAAAUCGAGAAGACACCAGGAUACAACUGGCUAAUAACUUUAGCAGCUCUUCGCUCUGGAAGGGAUUCGGAUUCUAUGUACAACAUGACAUUUGAAGAACUAAGUGCGGAUUAUUCUCAAGAAAGGAUGGAUUCAGUGGCGAAGGCUUUGGAAGAAGUCCUCACGUCGGCGUUACCUCAGGGCUGCAUUACAGUGGGGGUGUAUGAGGCAGCCAAGUCUCUCAAUGUAGACCCUGAUAACGUGGUUCUGUGCAUCCUGGCUACUGAUGAUGAAGACGUCAAAGAUGUGGCCCUGCAGAUCCACUUCACCCUCAUUCAGGCUUUCUGCUGUGAGAAUGACAUCAACAUCCUAAGAGUCAACAACAUCAGGCGCCUGGCUGAAAUACUGGGUGGAGGCAGCAGUGGAAAACAGAGUGGGGGUGAACCUAUGGACCUACACUGUGUCCUUGUCACAAGCCCACACUCUUCAUCAUGGAAGGAUCCUGCUUUGAGCAAAGUGAACCGAUUCUGCAGAGAAAGCCGCUGCAUGGACCAGUGGGUGCCCAUCAUCAACCUGCCUGAGCGAUGAAGUCGGAGCUGCGAUGAAGUCGGAGCUGCGAUUGGACUCUAAUCUGCACUGAGUGCGUGGUGUGAACUCUGAUGGACACAUUACCACCCAGAGAUCAAAUUCCAAAGCAUUGCUUAAGGAGAAAGAAAAAAAUGGAGGAUUGAAAAACCUGCUGUCUACACAGGAAGUGUUUAAAAGAGAAAAAAAGGAGCAGGAGGACAGAUUUCCACUUUGGACAGGACUGUUUGGAGUCGUAUCUGUCUGUUGGAGAUGGCACUUGUUCUGUUGUGAGGAGGAAACCGGAAAAAAAAAAGCAUGUGUGUGCUUUUUAAUGUGAAGCCGGACACUGUACAGAAGGAUUGUAUCAUGUGUGUUUGGUAAAGCCUCUGCAACACUUCAGGAGAGAGGGGAGAAACCUGAAAAAAGAGCUGUUGAGCGGACCAAGGCCUCAGCCUCUCUCUGCAGAAACAAAGCACUUGUUGAAACACUGGACCUUUUUGCAAUUUCACUUAUGAUUCAUUUGUUAAUGUUCAUGUUAUUGUUGUAAUUUAAAAAGGGAAGGGCUACACAUCCAGUGAAGACAUUCUGUGUAUUAAAUGUUUCCUAUGCCAGCUGUUUUUUGCUAAAGUAAAAUAAUUCAGUUGUUACAAUUUAAGUUAUUUCUAAUGAUAUUUAAGUGUAUUUAUGUUUCAUUUUUCUACCUUAACUAUUUGAAUAUUUGCGGAAUCUGAAUUCAUAUGUUUUGUUGUCAAUAAAAAAUAUUUUUUGGAACCAGA